UUAUAGGGAAUAUUCUUAUUUUUAUAUUCAAGAUUUUAGACAUUUUGGAAAUUUAAUUUUAUAUUUGGCUUAAAACAUUUUGAAGUUUGGUUCACAAGUUUUCUUUCACUUUAUUAUCAAUCUUAAUACAGAAAUAGUAGGUGUAAAUCUGCUAAACAAAGAAAAGAUUAUGUUCAAGCUGUCUUGUAUGUAUUUAUCUCGUCUAUGAAAAAGCCAGGCGACAGAUUAAAUUAUGUAAUGUCUAUUAGUUCUUUUGUACGGGUUAACAAAUAAAUACUUUAUGUAAUUAGACAUCUUUUGACAAGUUAAGUUGAUAAAGAAGGAAAUAUAAAUAGCCACAUUGACAAUGAGUGGUUUUGCACGUGGUACGAUAAUCUGCCACUUUUACACUGAAAAUUUUGUAAACUAAAUUUUGAUUGGCUCAAAACCUGAAAAUUAUUUUAAUUCCAUGGAUUCACUUUUUUUCUUGAUUAGCGUCACUCUGCCAUACGCUAUCAAGAAAUAAAGACUCUUUUUUAUUGAAUCCUGGUUUUGACUAUUUUCAGAGAUGACGAGACUAUGGUUUAUAGUGACAGUACUUGUCUUUGUUUUGAAUCAUGGAAUGGCUACACAGCCGAUUAUUCAAAAUUCUGAUAUGAGAGUUUUUUGCCUGAUGUUUGCAUUACCGGGACGAAAAAAUGGUCCCGAUAUUAACGGGUUCAAGAAUCUAUUCGAUGCCCAACUCGAAAAAGUAGGCAAGAAUAUCUUCGGAAACAUUCCGCACAAUAAAAGAAUGGAAGAGGCCGGAAAUAUAUGCACAUUCAUGGACAGUUCGUCCCAAAAAUGUGCUUACCACAGGAUAACAACCAUUGGAAACCACGUGAUUGGUGAUCUAAGAAGACUAGAAAGAAACAUUGGAACCGGAUUCAAAGAUUCGUGGUACAUGUAUACAGUGCUUCUGUCCACGUGGUACAUGGACCGAGUUUUUCUUAAUCUUAAUUGUGGCCCAGUGGAUGUUAACUCGCCUCGUCCGACAGCACAGUGGGAGUAUGUAGCUAAAUGGAGUAAGCAGUUACUCUCCCAGGGAAAUUUCUGCACUUGGUCAAAACCGUUGGACAAAACAGUGGCACAUAAUCUACGUCAAGAAGUGAAGAAGAUUUGCGACUUUAGAGAAACAGAACCUAUUUGUAGACUAGAACCGGUGCUGGACUUAGUAGAUUCAAUGAAAAAUCUUUGCAAUACUGUUCCCCAAACCGAAUGGCGAACGAGUUCAUCAAACUUUAAGUUCUUUAAAAGUGCAGCGUAUAUCAAUUUCUAUAGUAUGAGGGUUAAAAUGCCGACACAUAUUAUUAACCUGUAUGAACCCAGCACAGCAGAGGAAACUGUCAAAACAGGAAUACUUAGCAUCUUUUUUCAACUGUAUGACGAUUUUAAAGCCAACGACCUAACGCUAGCUGUCAAACUGUUAAAGAUACUUCCCAAAAGUCAGUAUUUACCGUGUGAUUACAAUGCACCAUUUCCAUCAUUCAAAUGGUUGAUUUGCUCAUGCGCUAAGGUGUUUAACGAACUCCGUUUGUUCCUUCAAACCUAUGGGACCGGUAACGCUGAUGGUUUACCUCGCAAAUUUUUGGUUUCAGAUAUUGACUUUCGGGAUUAUAUAAAGAAUUUAAAAGUUACUCAAAUAAAAGAGCUGGCAGAGAAGAAUGCAGUCAGUUUACAAGUCGUUGCUCUGGAUAUAAAGAAUGAUGUACAACACCGAUUUCAACAACUUGGAUCAUACUUCAAGAAAGUGGCCUCCUACCAGAAAGCUAAGCUAGAUGCUGACGUUGGCUAUCUUAAAGGUAGAAUUGCAGACUAUCAAAAACGAUUUGUCAAAUAUGUAGAUGAACUCAAGGUAAAGCUAAAAAAGUUACUAGUUAUUUACAGAGGUAGUGCCUUGGAAGAUUUACUUCAAGCCGUUUUAAAGAUGGCUUUACGAAUGGCAAUGGCUGCAAAUCCAUUUAAAUGGCUGACUGGUAGUGGCAAUUCAGAUAAUAUUUUGGAGUCUGCAACAGAGAUCGCGGAUGCAUCUAGACGUUUAACUCAUGCCAUUGGAAGUGCAGUCAAUUUUCAUAAGCUUGUUGAUUACAGCAUUGAAAUAGCAAAGAAACUGGCAAAAAAUGAGAAGAUGAUAAAGAAUGUUGGCAAGAUCAUGGAUAAUGCUGCGAAAAUUGUAAAUUCGUCUGGAAAUGGGUAUGAAAUAAUGCAGUCCAAUUUUUUGAGAGACUAUACUGCCUAUUCCCCCCAAGUUACAAAAGACGAUCUAGCCAAAUUAGGUUUGUAUUGGGAAGAAUUUAUCAGCGAAAUAUGCGAGGGCAUUGCUUCCACAAGUAGUAUAGCUGCAAAUGCAAUACGAGGAAUUACUGGUGCAACUGGCAGGUGUCGUGAGGCAAAAAUUACCGCCGCACAAUUGGUAGCAACACAAGAGGAAGUAUAUGACCUCCAGUUUAACCUCAUGGAAACAAUGGCAAAUUUAAUGCGAAGCAUAACACAAAUACAAAGCUCUAAACUUCUCGGCGCAGGUCCAAAGGCUCAGCAUCCAAGUGGUUUAUCCAUUGACACUAUUAAAACAUUAGUAGCGGUUUCAUCGAUGUCGUACAAUAUUCUACAGACAACUAAUGUUCAAAUGCUGUGUAACAUUUUGGAAUAUAAGCGGGGACGAAAGCCACAGUUGUGUAACGGAUUGGCUACAGAUAUUGACAAGUUAUUAGCAUCUAGAGACAGCGAAUGUCACGCUGAAUUGAAAUUUAUAACAGUGUCAACACAAAGGACAAACAAAACUGGUGACUAUUCUUGGUUAGACCUUUCUAGGUUAUUCCGUGGUGAGACUGUUCCCUUCCAAGUACCAGACGUAAACUGGUGGAUGCAGCAUGGUCAACUUUUACCAUCACAAAGAAGUCAUAGCUUUUAUCUGGCUGGGUUUGAAAUAUAUAUGCCGAUUGUUAGCGAAGACGCCCGUCCGGUACUUGUGCAAGUCACCCCAACAAACGUCGACAACAAAUUGUUUCAAGAUGCGAAAACAAACUACAUCAUUUCACCGCUAAAACAGAUGACUGACCUUAAGAUCUCAUACACAGAAGGUCAUGGUUCAAGUUGCCGUCAGCAAAGAAUACCCAAUCCAUACCGAGUAUGUGGCAGGAAGGAACGAUCAUCUUUUCCACAGAUAUGCCAUAAUUCAAUAAGCGAUGAAGACAAAAGUAUACUGCUACCGUCCAUUUACUCAAAGUUUAAUUUACGAAUGGAGGGAUAUGAACAACUUCAUCUUGAUGAACCAGUCACCGAUGUUCCUCUGAAAAUUGGAAUCAAGUUCUGUUCAGUUGAUCCAUCUAGACCUCUGCAACGGCGGAAAAGAGAAAUUCAAAGCGUACGCAGACAAAGGUCAAGUGGAGAUUUAUGUUGUCCUCAGAACAAACAGUAUUACUCAGAGAUGACAAAACAAUGUGAAUCAUGUCCUGUUGGAUCACAGAGUUACUACAAUGGCCUGUUUUGUGGUAAACUCAUCAACAUACGUUUCUCUGGUAGCAUUACUGAAAACUUCAGCUAUCAUAAGGCUGUCAAUCUUUGCAAGCUGAAUGGUUCCAAUAUUGCAUCGACACAACUGUUCAAUCAAGCGCGUCAACUAGGUCAGACGUCAUGUGUGUGUGCCUGGUUGGAAGGAUCCCGUGUUGAUUCGCUUACGUCAAGAAACAACUGUGUAAACAAAACGGCCUGUUCCACUUCAGGAAACAUCAAAUUCGUUCAUUGCACAACCAGUUUUUCCCCUUAAAUGUUCGCAUGAUUCCAGCAUAGAUUCAAGUCUUAUUUAUUACAAAAUCUUCUACUUUCUCAAUGAACUAGCUUAAAAGUAUAGACGUUGACAAACAUAAUCAGUGCAAUUCAGGAAAAUUGUAUUUUGAUUUUCGUAUCUGUUUUUAGUAGAACUUUAUAGAAAAAUCUUUACGUAAAAUUCUUUCAAAGUUAAUGUAAUUCCUCUUAAACCUAUUACUUAUGAGUACAUUUUCCUCCGUAACUCUUAUCUAAUCAUAAUUGGGAAGUAAUGAGACAAGUAAUUUUUUCACAAACUUUAAGGCAAAAAUCAACAAAAUAGUUAAUUACAAAUCAUUAAUGAAAGGAGAUAUUUUUCAACAAAUCAACGAUAACUUUAUGUAAUAAUAACGAUUUUUUAGUCAGUCACAAAACAAUUAAGAAGCUUUUUGAAAAGUAAAUUAUUUCAUGCAUUGCAAGCGUAGUUUAUUAUAUUGAUUUAAUGUGGAAAAUAAUUGGAAAAAAAGUAAGUUAAAGAACUGAAAAAACUGUAUCUAGAUUAUGUGGCAUAGGAAAUGCAUACAGCUGAAACAUUCAGACACCAUACAAUGAUUUGGAAAAGUUACUCGCUUUGAUAUAUUGUAAAUAGGUUAGCCAUCUUCUAUCCAUUUUUAGACUGCACUGGUGUCUCAUAAUAUUAUUUUGAAAUGUGUAUAUUUUACUUCUUUAAACAGAAUAUGUACAAUAUUAAUCUACGCCUCGUGUUUCAGAUAGGAUCCUUUGCUAGAACAUUAUUUCUAUUUCUGUAAUAAAAUGCAUACCUGCAUAAA